AUCCUAUAUAAACAUCUAAAGUACUCUCACUCCUCCCAAAUUUCUACCAGUCUUAUCACUUAUAAGCUUAGCUAAGAAAAAUUGACCCUCCAUCCUAUUCCUACCAACUCUUAUGGCCAUGGCUUUCAAGAUGGCGGUAACAGGAAUGUGGGUGACUGAAGAAUGCAAGAACUCCUUCAUGGAGAUGAAGUGGAAGAAGAUCCACAGAUACAUAGUGUUCAAGAUCGAUGAGGGCUCUAAGCUGCUCACCGUGGACAAGGUCGGCGGGCCUGGUGAAGGCUACGACGAUCUCGCUGCCGCGCUGCCGGAGGACGAUUGCCGCUAUGCCGUCUUCGACUUCGACUUUGUCACCGUUGACAACUGCCGGAAGAGCAAGAUCUUCUUCAUUGCAUGGGCACCAACAGCUUCAAGAAUUAGAGCGAAAAUGCUGUACGCAACCUCCAAGGAUGGAUUGAGGAGAGCAUUCGAUGGCAUACACUAUGAAGUUCAGGCCACUGAUCCAACUGAAAUGGGAUUCGAUGUGAUCAAGGAUAGAGUCAAAUAAUUGACGUGGAUGGAUUUGAUGAUUAUCACAAGGAGUCAGUCAAAUCAUGCAUGUUUUCGCAUCUAAUUAAUCACUUUUAGUUUAAUUUAAUAACUCCCACUUAGAGAUGCUUUUGUGGUUAUUAGUAGUUGUGACCAUCGCCUUUCCAAACUGUGGUGGUAUUUGUAUCACUGUUAAUUACUCUAAUUUGUAAUAAUCAUACUUUUGUCUUGUCCUUAUCAGAUGAUUAGUAAUAAUUAACCACUAAGCACCUUUACUCA